AUGGAACAACAGUACAAGCCUCAGCUAGAACGUUACCUUGGACUUCUUGAUCGCUCGAGUAGUUUAAAAAAGAAUAUAGAUCGCCUCUCGGAUCAAUAUACUAGUCUGACCACAUUCGACACCAUGAGAACCUCCCCGCGAGUUGUUCCUGAACAGGGGGCACUUGUUGUAUCCAAAAAUGCGAACAUUACCGAUGGAAACCCAACCCAUCUCAAGAGUCAAAUCAAACCCAAAUCAAAUCAACUCGAGCGAAGAAAUACACAGCUACAGUACCAACAGAAGUUACACCAGCAGCAAAAAGACACAACUAACAAAAAAGGGCAUGUAUCACUGCCUCUCAUGAACAAAAAGACCCCUCAGGAGGUGCACUUUAGUCAACUUCAGCGUGCCCUAUCAUCCGCCACCGUAGGGAACAAGGCAAUUGCAGCUAAUCCAACCACAUCGGUGUUUCCAGUUGCAUCCAUGAGUACUUCGUUUCGUAUUCCUGAGAGAAGUGCAAGUACAAUCAGAUCCUCUCGGAACUCGCUCAGAUUCUCUCACAAAGACAGCAUGGAUAUCUUAAAUGCACAUCUCUACAAAGACCAACAAGGGAGAUGGAAUACAGACAGUCUAAAAGAAAAAUCUUUCUUUGGGCCCAAAGCCCCUCAAUACCCUCUUUUGUCUAGUGUUUACAAGAAUGUACCUUCGACUGCUACAUCAAAAACAAUUCAGCUCAAUGGAAAUACGCCACCGUCCCCCCGUCCCAUUCAUCCGUCGAUCGGCAUGUACGACCUUCCAAUCAACCAGCUAGCCAUGCCUCUCACACCCGACACUUCCCCUCAAUCGAGCGUGAGGAGUGCUGUCAGUAUGACUCUUUCGAAUACAUCAAUACCGGAAGAAGGCCCAGUAGGGUCCGUACCCACACAGAAAAAGACAAAGGGACUCAAAGGAUUCUUGACACGAAAUUUGCCAGGUCGAAACAACAAAUUGUUCGGAAUCCUCAAUGGAUCCCCAGAGGCACCACCUGGUCAGCGAGAACGAGCUAAAUAG